UUAACAAAUACUAAAAAGAAAACUUAGAUUAAACCCAAAAAAUAAAUAAAAUAUCCAUUUCGAAAGACGAAACGGCGCAGCAGAGAGAAACUUGAGGAAAAUUGGAAAUCGAGAAGCAGAGCGCAGAGAAGAAAAAUCUCUUGGCAAAAAGUUGUUUAUUGUUGUAGGCUUAGCGAGCAGCAAACGUUAGCGGUGUUCAUUUUUAAGGCUUUUAGAGAUARAAAACACAAAAAAUAGAAGAAAACUUUUAUCCACACACACACACACACACACACAUACAGACAGACAAACAUAAGCGACCAUGAAGAAGAGCUCCACAUUGACGACCACCACAUCGAUGCCAACGUCUCCGACGCUGUCGGCACAAACGCUCUCGGCCAGCAAAAUGAGCCUGAGCAGCAGCCGUUCGGGCCGAUCCUCGUGUCAAUCACAUGGACCCGUUAGACCAGGCAGCGGAUGCGUCGAUGCGAUUAAGGCCAAGCGAGAGGAGAUCGAAAUCGAUACCAUACUCGAGAAGGCGAAGUUCUACACCUCCGUGUGCCUUGGUACGACUGCCAUUUUGUCGGUGUUCACAUUUCUCUUCCUGAUACCCUUUGUUGUGGAUCCCGCAAUUUCAACAAUCAUUGCCGACUACGAUCCGGUGCCGGUGACCUGCGUUGUCAUCGAUCACAUCUACGCGGAGGGCAUCAAGAAUUGCAGCUGGAGCUCGUGUCGCGAGGGCUGCACCUCAUCACUCACCAAGUGCCAUCAGUUGUAUGUCAACUAUACGCGAAUACCCUUUAGCGAAUGGGAGCGCAAUCCUCGAGACUUGGAGCGCGUCAAUUGGGACGUUAGCUACACAAAGUUUUUAAUCAACUCCGAGGGUUGCGGCUAUCCACCGACAACCAAUUGUAGCGUUUUCGCCAGACAAUAUGGCUUCAAUCACAUUGGCGAGCCUUUUCCCUGCUACUAUAGUCGCGCCUAUCCGGAAGUGGUCAUCGGGCGUUACUCAUGGGAGAACAAUCUGUACCAUCUGGUGCUCUCGCUGAUUAUACCAAAUGUUCUAUUUGCCAUUUCAAUUGGUGUCUUGAGCUAUUGGUAUUGCCCCUGCUGUGAGAAGGCGUGCAAUAAGUCCUCGCGUGUUUACGCCGAAAAGUUUCCAACUAAGGAAGACAAACUUCUGUGUCACAGUGAUGAAGAUGAUGAAAUGGAAUACUAGCAAAAAUAAUACAAAUUAGUUAAACAAAACCAACAAAAGAAACUCCUUGAACAAAUAGCUAAUUAACUAUGUAGUCUAUACCAAUACACACACACACGGACAAAUACAGACAUACAAAUAGCUUAUAUAUAUAUACUAUAAUAAAAAGAGAAAAACCAUCUGCCAUUAUUAUAUAGGACACCUUUACUUAUAGCGGAGCAUUAACAAAACCC